GUGGCAAAUAGUUCCCCCUCCCUGCUCACGUCACUAGGGGGUAAUGGCUCUCACACACUACGAGCUGGUUCUGUCCAUCCUCAGAAAGCUGGGCAAAGGCGACUUUAAACUUUUCAGAAACUAUCUGAAGAAUGAAGACUUUAUGAAAAGUUACGAGUACACAGCUAUUCCCUGGUCAGACCUGGAGGAGGCAGAUUGUAUGGACGUGACAAACCUCCUGAUCAGUCACUACACAAAGGAGAAAGCCCCGACUGUCACUUUCCAUGUGCUGGAGGCCAUGAAGCAGCCGGACCUGGCUCUACAACUCCGGCAAGAUGCUGAGAGCAUGGAAGUCUGCCAAAGAUGAAGCUUCUGUGCCCCCUCUGUGUCAGGGGUUUGGAGUUACAGGUCCCCCAGGAUGGCGCUCAGUCACCGGUCACUCAUUCCUUAUUGAGUCAUUAUUCCACUUUUAUAUCUUCACAUUUUUCCACUUUUAUAAUUGCUCAUUACAUAUAAGAAUUAAGGAGCACAGGCUGACGUGGCUAUGAAUAAAGGCUGUGAUUUGGGUA